AUGCGGGCAGUAUACAGGAAGCGUGCGGGCAGUAUCCAGGGGGCAGGUGGGCAGUAUGCAGGAAGCGUGCGGGCAGUAUCCAGGGGGCAGGUGGGCAGUAUGCAGGAAGCGUGUGGGCAGUAUGCAGGUGGGCAGUAUGCAGGAAGCAGGUGGGCAGUAUGUAGGAAGCGUGCGGGCAGUAUCCAGGGGGCAGGUGGGCAGUAUGCAGGAAGCAUGCGGGCAGUAUCCAGGGGGCAGGUGGGCAGUAUGCAGGAAGCGUGUGGGCAGUAUGCAGGAAGAGUGCGGGCAGUAUGCAGGAAGCUUGCAGGCAGUAUCCACAGAGCAGGUGGGCAGUAUGCAGGAAGAGUGCGGGCAGUAUGCAGGAAGAGUGCGGGCAGUAUCCAGGGGGCAGGUGGGCAGUAUGCAGGAAGCGUGCGGGCAGUAUGCAGGAAGAGUGCGGGCAGUAUGCAGGAAGAGUGCGGGCAGUAUCUAGGGGGCAGGCGGGCAGUAUGCAGGGAGCUUGCGGGCAGUAUGCAGGAAGAGUGCGGGCAGUAUACAGGAAGAGUGCGGGCAGUAUCCAGGGGGCAGGUGGGCAGUAUGCAGGGAGCUUGCGGGCAGUAUGCAGGAAGAGUGCGGGCAGUAUGCAGGAAGAGUGCGGGCAGUAUGCAGGAAGAGUGCGGGCAGUAUGCAGGAAGAGUGCGGGCAGUAUGCAGGGAGCAGGUGGGCAGUAUGCAGGAAGCGUGCGGGCAGUAUGCAGGAAGCUUGCGGGCAGUAUGCAGGGAGCAGGCGGGCAGUAUGCAGGGAGCAGGUGGGCAGUAUGCAGGAAGCUUGCGGGCAGUAUGCAGGAAGCUUGCGGGCAGUAUGCAGGGAGCGUGCGGGCAGUAUGCAGGGAGCGUGCAGGCAGUAUGCAGGGAGCGUGCGGGCAGUAUGCAGGGAGCGUGCGGGCAGUAUGCAGGGAGCAGGCGGGCAGUAUGCAGGAAGCAUGCGGGCAGUAUCCAGGGAGCAGGUGGGCAGUUUGUAGGAAGCAUGCGGGCAGUAUGCAGGAAGCUUGCGGGCAGUAUUCAGGGAGCAGGCGGGCAGUAUGCAGGAAGCGUGUGGGCAGUAUACAGGGAGGCUGCGGGCAGUAUGCAGGGAGUGUGUGGGCAGUAUGCAGGGAGCAUGCGGGCAGUAUGCAGGCAGCUUGCAGGGCAGUAUGCAGGGCGUGUAUGGGCAGUUUGUAGGGAACCUGUGGGCAGUUUGCAGGGGGUGUGUGGGCGUGCGAGUGUGAAUACGUAG